CCUGGAUGUACAAUAGCAAUGCUCGUCGAUGUUUGGUUUUUAAAUGAAGUGCUACCUGGAAACAACGCCAGAACUGUGGAGAUAACUUUUUGUUGGGCUGCUGUGUGUGAAUUUCUCAGUAACGAACCCAAGGAAUUUAUGUCAGUCUGGUUUUAUCAAUUUGAAGAAUUGUGAAGAUAAUUAGGCUUGGAACCAUGAGCAUUCUUCUCCCUGUAAGGAGUGCAUGGUUACAAAUGUUGCCACUGAUGAAUUUUUUGACUUUUGUUCUUUUGAUGUCAGUGCCUGGGGCUUUUAGUAGCUCUCAGCCCAGGCAGGUCUUUCAAGUACUAGAGGAACAGCCACCAGGGGCUUAUGUGGGAACCAUCAACACCAAACCAGGGUUCACUUACCGACUUAGUGAAUCCCAUGCUCUGUUUAGUAUUAACUCCACUUCAGGCUCUAUUCACACUACCUCCACCAUUGACAGGGAGAGCCUGGCCAGUGAUGUUGUUAACCUGGUAGUGCUCUCCAGCCAACCAACCUACCCAACUGAAGUACGCAUAACUGUGUUGGACAUAAAUGAUAACUCACCUGUUUUCCCAGAACCCUCUAUAAUUGUAUCCUUCAAGGAAGACACUCAAGGUGGCCGGCAGGUCAUCUUGGAUACAGCCACUGACUCUGAUGCUGGCACCAAUGGGGUUGAUCACCGUUCCUACCGUAUAGUUUCAGGUAACCAAGAUGGGCGUUUCAAGCUGGGCAUUACAGUAAAUCCAAGUGGGGAAGGUGCUUUUUUACACCUAAUGUCUCAGGGUCCCUUAGACAGAGAGACCACUCCAUGUUAUUAUCUUCUUGUAGAGGUGGAAGACAAGGGCUUGCCCAAACGAUUAGGCCACUUGCAAGUCAAUGUUACAGUGCAGGAUAUCAAUGACAACCCGCCAGUUUUUAGCAGUUCUCAGUACCAGGCUAAAAUUGAGGAGGAUGCACCAGUGGGUUCAAGUGUACUAAAGGUUGAGGCUACUGACCGUGAUGAGGGGGCUAAUGCUGCAAUUAGGUACCAGCUGGCAGAUGGCACCCCAUUCCAAAUUGACCCAGAAAGUGGACUUGUAACAAUCCGAGAGCCACUGGACUAUGAAAGCCGUCGACAAUAUAUCCUGAGUAUCCAAGCUAAAGAUCUGGGCACUCCACCAUUGACUGGUCGGGCAGAGGCGCUGGUACGUCUAAUUGAUGUAAAUGAUAAUGACCCUGUUGUGAAAUUUCGCUAUUUCCCCGCCACUUCCCGAUAUGCAUCAGUAGAUGAAAAUGCACAGGUUGGUACAGUAGUGGCUUUACUUACUGUCACUGACUCAGACUCUCCAGCUGCCAAUGGUAAUGUCACAGUAGCUAUUUUGGGAGGCAAUGAACAACGUCACUUUGAAGUGCAAACUUCCAAAGUUCCCAACCUCAGCCUUAUCAAAGUAGCUAGUGCUCUAGACCGUGAGCGCAUACCUUCUUAUAACCUAACUGUAAGUGUAUCAGACCAGGGUCAUCCCAGGCCACGAUCAUCAGUGGCUAGCUUAGUGAUAUAUGUCAAUGAUAUUAAUGACCACCCUCCAGUCUUCCAGGAUUCACACAGUAAAGUAGAAAUAAGUGAAGACUUACCUCCUGGGUCAUAUAUCUGUGGUAUUUCUGCCACAGAUGGAGACACAGGACUAAAUGCCAACCUACGAUACUCUAUAGUGUCCGGAAACAAAUUGGGAUGGUUUUCCAUUAGUGAACACAGUGGACUGGUAACCAGCAACUCUGCCUUAGACCGUGAAAUAGCACCGCAGCUGCUGCUCAACAUUAGUGCCCAGGACCAGGGGCCACAACCUAAAACAAGUUAUGCCACACUUCUUGUAAGCCUACUAGAUGUCAAUGAUCAAAAGCCCACCUUUACUGGUCUCCAUUCCAGUGAACAGCACUGGUUGUCAGUACCAGAAAAUUGCUUGAUUGGCACAGAAUUAAUUACACUGAGGGCAGUUGAUGGGGAUUUGGGCGAUAAUGGCACCAUCCGCUACUACUUUGAUGCUGACAAUCCAAACCAGUGCCAGGGACUGUUUCGUCUAGAUCCAAUAAAUGGCCGUCUCAGUACUCGUUCUGAGCUGGAUAGGGAGCAGCAAGAAAAUUGCUCUUUAAUGGUUCAAGCAAGUGACCUUGGCACCCCACCCUUGUCUUCUACUGCCAAGAUAACUGUUACUUUGUUGGAUAUAAAUGACAACAGCCCAGUAUUCUAUCCAGUGCAGUACUUUGCCAACAUUCAGGAAAAUGAACCACCUGCAAGUUUUGUGGCUUCUGUUACAGCUGCUGACCCUGAUCAAGGCAUCAAUGGAACAGUUGCAUACUCUAUCAGAGCUGGGGAUACCUCCAAAUUUCAGAUCAAUGCCGAGACAGGUGCAAUAUCUACAAAAGCAGCUCUUGACAGGGAGGAAAAAACUGCUUACCAAUUACAAGUAGUGGCUACAGAUGGUGGGGGUCUCCAAUCACAAAAUCAUGCUAUAGUCACCAUUACUGUACUGGACACACAAGACAACCCACCAUCAUUCUCUCAGGAUUCAUAUAGUUUUGUCAUGUUUGAAAAUGUGGCUGUAGGCUAUAAUGUAGGUACUGUUUCAGCUACCACAAUGGAUCUAAACACUAACAUCACUUACCUUAUCACCACAGGAGAUCAGAAAGGGGUGUUUGCUAUUGAUAAGGUUACAGGUCUAAUUACAACAGCAAGUGUAGUGGAUAGAGAAGAGCAAGACUUUUACCAUUUAAAAGUGGUGGCCAGCGGUGGGGCUAUAACUGGAGAGGCUAUCGUAAAUAUCACAGUCAAAGACUUAAAUGAUAACUCACCUCAUUUUCUUCAUGCAGUGGAAAGUGUUAAUGUGGUAGAGAAUUGGAAAGCUGGCCACAUUAUUUUUCAGGCAAAGGCAGUAGACCCAGAUGAGGGUAUCAAUGGCAUGGUAAGAUACAGCUUAAAGCAAAACCCUCUAAACGUGUUCUUUGUCGAUGAAUUUAAUGGAGCUGUGAGCAUAACAGGAGCCCUUGAUGUCAAUGCAGGCUCAUAUCAGGUAGAGAUUUUAGCAUCAGAUAAGGGUGUGCCACAGCUUUCUUCUGGUUUUAUUUUAACUGUUUCUGUACAUGAUGUCAAUGAUAACCCUCCUGUGUUUGAUCAGCUGUCAUAUGAAGUAACCCUUCUAGAAUCAGAACCUGUAAAUUCAAGAUUUUUUAAGGUACAAGCUACUGACAAAGAUUCUGGGGCAAAUGGGGAAAUAACAUAUAGUAUCAUGGAUGGAAAUUUAGGAGAUGCAUUUGGCAUAUUCCCAGAUGGCCAACUCUAUGUAAAAAGUGAACUUGACAGAGAAGUUAAAGAUAUUUAUGUUUUGCUUGUGGCUGCUUCAGACAGGGCAGUGGAGCCCCUGAGGGCAACAGUAAAUGUUACAAUAAUAUUGGAAGAUGUGAACGACAACAGGCCUUUGUUCAACAGCACCAAUUAUGUCUUCUAUUUUGAAGAGGAAUGCAGUGGGGGGUCAUUUGUGGGCAAGAUAUUUGCUGUGGAUAAGGACUCUGGGUCUAAUGGGGAAAUUAUGUAUGCCUUUGAAACAGUGCAACCUGAUUUUGAACUGAACACAAUUACUGGAGUAAUCACAAGCACUCAUCAAUUUGACAGAGAGGCUCUUAUGAGACAAAGAGGGGCGGCAGCUUUUACUCUCAAAGUGGUCUCCACAGAUAUGGGCUUGCCAAAGCCACUGAAGGAUCAGGCCACUAUACAGAUUUACAUCAGAGACAUAAAUGAUAAUGCUCCAAAAUUUUCAAAAGAUAUGUAUCAAGCCAGCAUAUCAGAAUUAGCAGCAAACAUGACCCAAGUUUUAAGAGUUUCUGCCUCUGAUGUAGAUGAAGGGAACAAUGGAUUAAUUACCUAUUCUGUGAUUAAAGGUAAUGAAGAGAAUCAUUUCUCCAUUGACAGUGGUACAGGCCAGGUUACAUUGGUGGGCAUGUUAGACCAUGAAGCAACCGCCUCUUAUUCCCUUGUCAUUAAAGCAGUGGACUCUGGGUCAGUUCCUUUAAGUUCAACGUGCACUUUAAGCAUUGAUGUUCUUGAUGAAAAUGAUAAUGCCCCUUCUUUUCCCAAAGCUGCUUUGUUUGUGGAUGUUUUAGAAAACAUGAGAGUUGGGGAACUGGUGUCUUCUGUCACCGCCACAGACUCAGACACAGGUGACAAUGCUGACAUUCAGUAUAGCAUUACAGGGACUAACAACCAUGGAACUUUUAGCAUCAGUCCUAACACAGGCAGCAUAUUUCUAGCCAAAAAGCUGGACUUUGAAACCCAGGUGUUAUUCAAAUUAAACAUUACAGCUAAAGACAAUGGUAAGCCUCCUCGUUCCUCUACCAUGUCAGUGGUCAUCCAGGUGAGAGACUUCAAUGACAACCCACCUAGCUUCCCUGAAGGAGACAUCUUUAAAUCAAUAACAGAGAAUAUCCCUAUUGGUACAUCAAUUUUGGCUAUUACUGCCAGCGACCCCGACGCAGACAUUAAUGGGGAGCUUACUUAUGCUAUCAUUCAUCAAAAACCAAGGGGAAGUCAUUUUGUUAUUGAUGAGCAGCGGGGUACAGUUUACACCAAUGCAGAAAUUGACCGUGAAUUCUCUAGUCUCUUUGAACUGACUGUGAGAGCCAGUGACCAGGCUGUUCCUUUGGAGACAAGAAGGUAUGCCUUCAAAAAUGUCACCAUCUUAGUCAGUGACCUGAAUGACAAUGUGCCCACCUUUGUAUCCCAAAAUGCUUUUCCAGCAGAUCCCACCCUGGUUAUCGGCUCAGUUCUGACUGCUAUUACAGCUUUUGACCCAGACGAGGGUCCAAAUGGGGAAAUUGAGUAUGACAUUAUUAAUGGGGAUACAGAGACCUUUAUUGUGGAUCGUUAUAGUGGGGACCUCAGAGUAGCUUCACCUCUGGUACCAUCACGUCUAAUCUACAACCUUAUAGUGGCUGCUACUGACUUAGGGUCCGAAAGGAAGGGGAGUACGACUGAGUUGACCAUCUUUCUACAGGGUCUCGAUGGUCCAGUGUUUUCUCAGCCUAGAUACAUAACUAUUGUGAAAGAAGGGGAACCCAUUGGGACAAAUGUGAUUUCUAUUGAAGCUUCUAGUCCCCGUGGCUCAGAGACUAUGGUGGAAUAUUUUAUUGUGUCUGUGAAGUGUGAAGGCAAGACUGUUGGACGGCUAUUUACAAUUGGGAGGUCUACAGGUGUCAUUCAAACUGCCGCAGUGCUAGACCGUGAGCGUGGGGCUCGUUUGUACCUUGUGGAUGUCUAUGCCAUAGAGAAAGAGACUACUUUCCCCAGAACACAGAGAGCAGAGGUAAGCCCUUCUUUUUUACUGUCCGACUCAGCUGUUGUAUGCAUAAUUACUAAUCUAUGAGGUAAAUUCGAAAAGUACAGAUUGAUUGCAAAGUUAUACAAGUGGAGUAAUCCCUAUGGCAACCAUUGGAAAGGUCCUGUUGAUUGUUCCACUUUUAUAAUUUUACCCCAGUAAAGUUCUUUAUUCACAUAAACCAGUAUCAUUAGUCAAUUAACUUACAUGUGCAUCAGAUUGCAGGUGGAUGGCUAUAUUUCUAAUGUUUGCUUUAGCUUGAAACUUUUAUUUUUUUUGUGCAAAACAUCUGAGGAGCAUAUAGUCAAGUACAGUGAAAUAAUACACCAAUCUCUUUUUUUGUUAAAAUGUGUUUACUUUGUAGGUAAAUGGUUACACAGAUCUGUGCUGGACAGCUCAGAAAUACAUCAAUUGGUCCAUUGAAGUUACAGUGUGUUUUCCUGUAUAUUUAACCCCUUAA